AUGCGAAUGAGCACGUUCAGUCGGACAGUGAAGGCCGGGCUCCGCUUUUUCGGCAUCUGGCCGUAUUUACCGUUGACCUGGCUGACCCGAUCGUACUGGAUCAUAUCGUUCGUUACGGCCCAGGUUUUUCAAUAUAUCUACGUAGUCAACAACGAACCGAGUAGCUUCUCCGAGUUCAUGGACGGAGUGGGCAGCACGGUGACGCAUUCAUUCACGCUGAUAAAACUCAUUAUCCUGUGGGUCAAUCAAAGAAAAUUCAAAGACAUAUUGCAAAUGAUGACAGCGGAUUGGCAGAAUCAUACGUCGAAACAUCAACACCUGAACAUCAUGACAAAAACGGCAUUCCUCGCAAGCCGCAUGUCCAGGAUAAUCGUAGGCUGGAAUCUUUGCUCCGUGGUUAUGUAUAGUCUUGGGGCCAUCGCUGCCAACGUGGGCAAUCCCGAGAAAUGGAAGCCGUACAAUCGGGAGCUCAUUCUUAAAAUGAAAUUCCCAUUUGAGAUUAGCACGCAUACUAUUUAUGUAGUUGUCACGUUGGUCCAGUUUAUCCAUUUGGUGUUCAUUGGCUUCACUUUGGGCAUCUUCAACUCACUUCUCGCUACUCUGUCGCUCAAUGAGCCCAACGCCGCGGCGAUUUUGGUGAAAUGUAUCAUGUUCUACAUCUCGAUGAACUUUGAAGUGUUUUUAUACUGCUACGCCGGCGAGUACCUGAGCGCUAAGAGUAAACUGAUCGGCGACGCAGCAUAUGAUUCUCUCUGGUAUAACGUCGCGGCGAAGAACCGUCGGAUCGUGUUGUUCGUAGUUUUGAGGUCACAGAAACGUCUGACAAUUACAUGCGGGAAGGUCAUGGACCUCACUUUGGAACGAUUCACUAGCGUUAUGAAGGCAUCGGCGUCGUACAUAUCGGUGCUUUUGGCGAUGUACUGA